GAGCAGAAUUUGAUUUUGAUAUUAUAUUAAAUUUGAGUAAAGGUGUUUUUGUAAAAUUGUCAAAGUUGGUUGAUUGAAAAGUAAAUUAAUUCUAUUUCUGUUUACUAUUUUAAGAGGGAAUUCUUACCGAAAAUGGCUUUACAAGAGAAUGAGAAUCAAAAUGCUGAUUUCUACAAGGAUAUUGAAAACGAAAUAAAUGAUAGAGAGGAGCAAUUCAUAGAAUUCUUAUCUCAUCAAUUGGAAUCAUUAAUAGAACAUUUAAACCAAUCCACCCUCAACGUUGCUUCAGUUGUCGACGCAGGAAUUAUGCUGGAGCUACAACACAUUAAGGAGAAGACAGACAUUUUCUCGGAAAAGAUGAAGAUCCUGAACUCAGAGCUUGGUGAUGAUGAGAUUGAACCUCAGCCGCCAUACCAAAAUCCUAUCGAUCAUUCAGAAGUGGCUCAAUUGAUAGAUGAAGUCAAAGUCAUUAUUGAAGCAAAUACUAAUCAAGUAGAAUCUACUUCCAAAGAUACCAAUCAAUAAUCUCCAUUGUUUAUAAAUUGUUGAAUAUUCUUACUUUUAUUAAUAGUCAGUCCAAACCAGUGAAUCCAUAAAAAUAUUUUUGGAAAUUUGUUCUUUUACAAUAAUGAAAACUAUUUGAUUUCGUUCAUUUUAUCAUUAGUGGAAGUUUCUUUAUUUAAAUAUAACUUCAUUCUCCAAUAAUGCAAUUUUAAUAUCUCCAAUAUAUAGAUAAAUAAGUCAUGAACUAUUAAAAACUCCACAUCAAUAAUGUAUUGUAAAAAUGUAUUAAAAUUGUUUAUAUCUCCUACAAUUAUUAAUGUUAAAAAAAACAUUUCGCUGAUAAAAACAUGAAUUAAACUAUGAAUACCGGUUAUUAUUUCUUCCUCUAAGUUAUCAAUCAAAAUUCACGAUUUACUCUACUUCUACAAUAGAAUAAUUUACAUUUAGGCUGAUAGAUUCCAACAAUCUUUGCCAUGACUUCUUAUUUUUCAGAUCUUUCAAAAGAUUUCAAGAGUCUUAUAAAUUUGGACUGGAGGUCCAGCCAUGUCAAACCAGAAUUCUCUCAUUUGACAUAGUGUUGAAACUACUGAAUAAUGUCCUCUUUUCUAAAUAAAAUUUGAAAAUUCAUAACUGAGAGCUAAAUUGUUGAAAACUGUCAGGUUAUAUAAGCUACGUAGAAUAAUGCUAGUAGAAACAUAAUAUUAUUUAUAUACUCAGAGUUUCUACUCAUGCUUUAUAAAAUUCUGGGAAUUUCUGAAGGUGGUAAUGUAGUGGACAUUGAAGAUGAACGAAAAACUAUAAAUUGUCGUAUUUAUUAAAAUAAUGAGAAGAUUCUUCAGCGUUUGUGCCG